AAGCGAACCUAUAGGGCCUGUCUGCAUUGCCGACAGCGAAAAAGUCGCUGCGAUUUAUAUGGUAGUGGCGAACCAGGAAAGCCACCUUGUGAGCGAUGCAUUCGAGAAAACCAUGAAUGCAUUCUCGGCCCAUCCCACCGUGGAGGCAGAAGAAUCAAACGCAGCGCUACAGAGUCGGAGCAACCGGAAAACAGUGUUUCUCGCAAUGCUUCUUCAAGCGAAGACCCUGGGCAACCUAACUAUCACAGACAGUUGCCGUCUUGGCCGCAAUAUACGCCAGGCCCGAGAAGCACACCGGCAUCAGUCCCAGAGGCACCAACCUCUCACCCUAGCACAAAAAUGACUGUCGAUGAAAGCAUCGUUUCCACUAAUCUGCAAAAUCCAUCCGACGCUCUUGAGUUUCUAGCCAACGUAGCCGGUCGCAACGAAGGAGCCGCACAAACACCUUCCGCGCAUGGUUCCACGUAUGCGAGGUCUCCACAUCAAAGUGGUGCAGAACAACACGUCCAGGAUAGAACGCCAUCAUCUAAUCAUCCCUCACCUUCUGUCAUGCAAAUACAAUUUCCGCCCCACCAAAAAGGCCAUGUGUCUUUAGCUAUGAUGCAUAAACUCAUAGAACGGUACAAAAUGAAGUAUCACCAGUUCUUCUCAGUAGUACCACCUUUGCUAUUCGAGACUGAAAACCUUGCAGCCAUUGCAGUGCAUGAGCCAUAUCUUCUCGCAGCUGUAUGCACCAUUGCCUCAAAGGACGAACCAGCGUGGUGGGACACUCAUGAAGCUUGUUCUACUCACAUGCAGCAGCUCAUUGCAGAACUCAUGUAUGGCGGCAUCGCCACACUGGGCGCCGUAGAGGCGCUUUUGGUUCUGGCUGAGUGGGUCCCGCGGCCUCCGCAAUCAAUGACUGCAGUCGGACGAGGAGAAGAAGAGCAGACCGCAUGGAUGCUUUCAGGAAUGGCCAUUCGAAUGGGCUAUCUUCUAGGUAUUGAUCGCACAGGCUUUGUGAACGAGUCGGAUCCUGGCGCACCCGACUAUGUUCGAAGACGUCUUGCUUGGGUUGGAUGUUAUAUGAGCGAUCGCCAUAUCUCUGUCCGCGUUGGUAAAGCCUUCUGGAGCAGAGGUCCUGCUAUGAUCAAAUACUCUUCUCGAGACUUCCAGGACGUCAAGUAUCCUGGUAACCCCACGGACAACUUUGCAGCUCUUUGCGAGGCACAUUUGGAGCUUACCCAGCUCUUCAGCAACGCUCACGAUGUAUUGUACUCUUCAAAGAACAGAAGUGCGCAACUGAAUUUCGGUGGAGAAUAUGUCAAGUACAUUGAUGACUUUCGCGAAGCCAUGAGCGCUUGGUACGAUCGAUGGGGCAAGUUGUCGUGUACCUCGUCCAUCAAAGCAGCACUGAUCAUAUCAUUCGAGUAUCUCCGGCUCUAUGUCAACGCUUUUGCAUACCAAGCGACUCUGACUCGUAUGGCGCAAGAGUAUAGUGAUGAACAAUCUUCACGAGGGCCUCAACGCGCUGAUGGGCGACUGGCAUUCACGGAUUUCAUUGCUGCGACACCAGAUGCACGAUUUAUCUACGAUUCAAUUGACUCUGCCAAAAAGUUACUGACCAUUUCCAACACACUAUUGGAUCCUGCGACAGAGUUCAGAUAUAUGCCGUUGCGGUAUUAUCUUUAUGUCAUCUACUCGGCUGUAUUUUUGUACAAAGCAAGGUCGACUGGAGUUCUAGGCGCAGACGGCGGAGACGUCAAGAGAACUGUGGGAGAAGCCGUUGAACGAUUACAGAAGGCAAGCUCCUGCCAGAAUGAUGUUGGGGAUCGAUAUAGCAGGAUGUUGCGACUACUCUGGAGGAAACCUCCU